UAGAUUGGAGGUUAAUUAAUAUCAGUAGCUUAUACUCUUGAACAUUGCAAUCAGUGUUAGUGAAUAAACCAAGAUCCAAACCAUGAAUAACGAGGUACUCGAAUCCUUUGAAGAUGUUGCUGUUGACUUUUCAAGAGAAGAAUGGAAGAUCCUGAGCAGGGAAGAGAAACAGCUCCACCGGGAGGUGAUGGUGCAAAAUUUUGAACACAUGGUGUCAUUAGGCUACAAUAUCCCAAUACAGAAGCUGUUGCUGCUGAUUGAAAAACCUGACGAACUUCCAUUUAAAGUUACAAAGGAAGGUGGGACCAGGCUACAGAUGGGUCUUUCUGACAUCAAACAACCUGUCUGCAGGUGGGUGACUUACAUUCAGAGUAAGACGUCACCUUCAAAGGACCUUAUAAAGUCUGAAUGCGCCAAAAGCAUCACCAGUAAGAUGACCAUCACAACAUGUGAGACUGUUCAGACAGGAAACAAACACCAAAUGAGUGAAGAGUAUAAUGCAAGUUUUAUUCAGAAAUAUGGACUAAGAUGCCAUCGGCAGCUUCAUAAGCCAAAGAAUUUGUACACAUAUGGAAACUUUAAAAAGAAAUUCCUGUUUCCAUUAGCCCUCAAAACACAUUACCAUGCUAAAAUUAAAGAGGGAUUAAGGAAUGUGUUCCACUCUCAUCACAGCUGUUAUAGUUCUAGAAAAUAUAAAGGAAUUAGGAAGUGGGAGAAGUAUAAGGAUGCACAAAUAGCAAACAGGAAGCUCUCCAGUAGAAAGAGGCCUUCUAAAUUUGAUACGUGUGAUAAAUACAAAGACAUGCAACAUUCAGCUGUGCAUGCGAGAGGGAUGUCAUAUAAGUGUGCAGCAUGUGGCAAGAGUUUUGCAUGGAAGUGUACCCUUACACUGCAUGAGAAAAUCCACAGAGUCAAGAAAACAUUUAAAUGUAUUACAUGUGGCAAGUGCUUUAAACUGAAGAGCAAACUAACAGUCCACAAGAGAAUACAUACAGGGGAGAAACCAUAUAAGUGUAACACAUGUGGCAAGAGCUUUGCAUGGAAAGGCAACCGCACAGUUCAUGAGCAACUUCACAGAGGAGAAAAACAAUAUAGAUGUGCCACAUGUGGCAAGAGAUUUAUGUGGAAACAGUACAUGGCAGUCCACAAAAAAACCCAUACUGGGGAAAAGCCAUACAAAUGUUUAGCCUGUGGCAAAUGUUUUACUCGGAAGAGCAGUCUUAGAGACCAUGAGCAAAUCCACAGUGGGAAUAAACCCUUUAAAUGUGCCACAUGUGGCAAGUGUUUUACACAGAAGGGCCAACUAACAGCUCAUGGAAGAUGCCAUAGUGGAGAAAUGCUGCAUGAUUGUGCAAUUUGUGGCAAGAGUUUUUCACGGAAGAGUACCCUUGUUACCCAUGAAAGAAGCCACAGUGGAGAGAUGCCAUAUAAAUGUCAAGUUUGUGGCAAGAGUUUUAGAUGGAAGGGAAGCUUGUCUGCCCACGAAAGAAGUCACAGUGGAGAAAAGCCAUACAAAUGUGCAGUUUGUGGGAAAGGUUUUACAGAGAAGAGCAGUCGUGCAGUACAUGAGGUAACCCACAUAGGAAAUAAAUCCUAUGAAUGUUCCACAUGUGGCAAGAGCUUUAAACAGAAACGUAGCCUUACAGUGCAUGAAAAAAUCCACACUGGUGGGAAGCCAUACAAAUGUGCAACAUGUGACAAGAGUUUUACAUGGAAGCAUGACCUCAGGUUUCACGAGAGAAUCCAUACCGGAAAUAUAAUAUCUUACAACUGUUCCACAUGUGGCAAAAAGUUUACAAGAAAAGACAAUCUCACUGUCCAUGAAAGAAGUCACAGUGGAGAGAAACCAUAUAAAUGUUCAGUUUGUGGCAAGAGUUUUACACAAAAGAGCAAACUUAAAGUGCAUGAGAAAACUCACACUGAAUGUGAAUCCUACAAAUGUGCCACAUGUGGAAAAAGCUUUGUAGUAAAGAGUAGCCUUGCAUACCAUGAGAAAAUCCACACAAGGGUGAAUCCAUAUAAGUGUGAAAUAUGUGACAAGAGUUUUACAUGGAAGAGUACUCUCAGAGUCCAUGAGAAAAUUCACACUGGAAGUAAAUCAUAUAACUGUUCCACAUGUGGCAAGAGUUUUACACGGAAGGACACACUUACUGUGCAUGAAAGAAGCCACAGUGGAGAAAGACCUUACAAAUGCGCAGUUUGUGGCAAGAGCUUUACACAAAAGAGCAACCUUAGGGUCCAUGAAAAAAUACACAGUGGAAAUAAAUCCUAUAAAUGUGCCACAUGUGGGAAGUGUUUUAUAGAAAAGGGCCAUCUUACAGUGCAUGAGAGAAGCCAUAGUGGAGAAAAGCCAUAUAAGUGUAACACGUGUGGAAAGAGCUUUACAGGAAAGGGUCAUCUUACAGUUCAUGAGAAAAUCCACAGUGGAACUAGAUCCUUUAAAUGUACAUCAUGUGGCAAGUGUUUUAUACAGAGAGGUGACUAAAUUCAUGAAAGAAUUCACACCGGGGAGAAGCCAUAUAAAUGUGCAGCUUGUGGCAAGAGUUUUGCACAAAAGGGCCACCUCACAGCCCAUGAGAAAACCCAUACUUAGCAUUUCUGGCUGACAUCAAAGACUGAAACAAUACUAAUUUCAUGAAUUUAAUCAUACUUUGACUUAGGAAUGGAAUCCAUUCCUGUCAUGGUAUUAGAGACCCACAAGAUUUGGAGAAGUUCAAAAAGGGAAAACAAAGUUGUUCCAUGCUUGUCCAGUGAUAAAUAAAAGUAGUGUAUGACAAAAUUGUAAGUCUCUCAGUCUGAAAGAUGUAUGGGCCUUCUAGAAAUUGGCCACAUGUAUAGGUGUGCAGAUGUUCAUCGUGUUUCACUGCUGCAGUCAUUACAUUUGGGUUAUCCUGCUGGCAGGCUACCCG